AUGACACUUAAUGAGGUGACCCCGUGCACCCGCGAAGGACUGAUGAAAUCGCAUAAACCUCCCUUAGUUAAGAAAGGUUUUCGAUUCGUUUCACGAAGAAAAGAUAAUAGAAAGCGUAGACAAUCAAUGCGUCCUGCUGAAUUUAUUAAGGGGUCUGACAUGCACGAUGCAGUCUACACUCAAAUAAAAUCUAACGUCAUUCUCGAGAACUAA